AUGGAGCGCGGCGGCGAGCAUGGCGCGCCACACGGGAGCGCGUGCUCGGCGGACAGCGUGAGAUCGGGACGCGGAGCGCGCGGGCCGAGCAUGGGCGACUACGGCAACGGCUCGAGGCGCGGGCGCGCGGAGCUGCCCCCGGGGCCGCCCGAGCAGUGGGCGGUGGGCAUGGCCGCGGUCAUGGCCCUUAUCGUGCUGGUGACGGUGGCGGGCAACGCGCUGGUGAUAUUGGCGAUCGCGCGCACGCACCGCCUGCAGACGCUCACCAACGUGUUCAUCGUGUCGCUGGCCAGCGCCGAUCUCAUCAUGGGCCUGCUGGUGGUGCCGUUCGGCGCCGCUCUGCAGGUGCGCGGCGUGUGGCUCUACGGCUCCUUCCUAUGCGAGCUGUGGAUCGCGCUGGAUGUGCUGUGCGUCACGGCGAGCAUCGACACGCUGUGCGUGAUCGCCGUGGACCGCUACGUGGCCGUCACGCGGCCUUUCCGCUACCAGAGCCUGCUGACCAAGGCGCGCGCCAAGGCGGCCGUGUGCGUCGUGUGGCUCGUGUCGGCGCUCGUCUCCUUCCCGCCCAUCCUGCUCCACUGGUCGCGGCGCGCGGAGGACACGGCGUGCUACGAGGAUCCGCAGUGCUGCGACUUCGUCACGAACGGCGCGUACGCGGUCGCCUCGUCCGUCAUCUCCUUCUACCUGCCCCUGGUCGUCAUGGCCUUCGUGUACGCGCGCGUCUACGGAGAGGCCAAGAAGCAAUCGAGGAAGAUCGAGCGCUGCGAGGGUCGCUUCCACAACGGCGGCGGAGGCGCCAAGGUGCUGGGCGCCAAGGAGCAGAAGGCGCUGCGGACGCUCGGCCUCAUCAUGGGCACGUUCACGCUCUGCUGGCUGCCCUUCUUCGUGGCCAACGUGGUGCGCGUGUUCCGCGCGCGCGCCGUCGACGACGGCCUUUUCGUCUUCCUGAACUGGCUCGGCUACGCCAACUCGGCCUUCAACCCGCUCAUCUACUGCCGCAGCCCGGACUUCAGGCGUGCCUUCAGGGCGCUCGUGCGCUGCGACCGGGGCUCCGCCGCCGCCGCUGGGGCGCGAGACCCGUGGCGUCCCACCGUCAGCUCUCCGGAGCCCAGCGCGUUCGCCACGUGCUCGCGCUGCGACGAGGGCAGCAGCACGACCCGGUGCUGA